GAUUUGUCUCUCCAGCCAACGCGCAGCGUGGGAGUGUCUUAGCUACACUCGGUCUCCACUUCAAUAUAGUUUCUAAACUCCAUGGAGUUUUUGUUGCUCAUUGAGGGUGUAGAAGGGCGUGAGGCGCCCCUGCUUGUGAGCUAAGAUGUGCAGAAAAGAUAUUGCAUUGGAUAAAAAGCUGCUGAUGAAAGUAGGAAUUGUUUUAAUUAUAACUGGGCAUUUGAACUUCAUACUAGGAGCGAUUAUCCAUGGAACCGUACUGCGCCACGUCACCUUGCCAGGAAAUGGUGUAUCUGUUGAGUAUUCUGUGACCAAUGUUUUUGUUGCAAUCUCAGGAAUACUGACAAUUUGUACGGGAAUUGCAGUGAUUGUAUUAUCUGGGAACUUGAGUCAAACAGGCCUGCAGUACAUCGUGAUUGCAAGUAGUAUGUCCAAUUCGCUCAUCGCCAUGGCCUGUGCGCUGGGUUUGGCAGUCUCCGUGGUACUCACCAUUGCAAAUGGUGGAAGAACGUUGCUGGCAGCCUGUCACCUCAGUUCCAUCAAGGACAUUAUACAAGUAACGAAUGAGUGUCCAUUUGACCCAACACGAAUCUUUGAUACCACGCUGGCAAUGUGGAUUCCAUGUCUGCUACUGACUGCUCUGGAGGCUUUCCUAUCAAUUAGAUGUUUUUUUAUCUCAUUGAGCUUAUUGAGAGUCAAGAAGCAGCCACGUAAACAGGUCAUCCGCAAACCUUUGGAAGAGAUUCAGGAAGUUGGUGAAAACGAUGAACUUUUGGAAGGCACUAGAGUGAAGUUCUGGGUGUGACUGCAGUCUAUCUUGGUGAAUAAUAAGCAUCUGCGGGAAGAAAAGUGAACAUCCCUGAAAUAAAGGACAAUUAUAAGAAAGCAGGGAUUUGUGGGCACUGAUGCUUCCUGUAAUGAACACUGAAUUGUUUUUUCUAGAUUAUAAAGUGUCAUAACAUCACUGCAGAGAGAUUUCACUGGGACGCUUUUAGGUAUUUUUGGAUUGUAUUUGAGAUAUUAAGUCAUUUAAACUGUAUUAAUGAAAGAUUAUUCACUUCUAUGUAUCAAGUUGUUCUGAUCUUGGAUGCUCUGACUGAAAAGCUGGGGUGUGGGGUAUACAGAAUAUUGAGUACUAACUUCUAAAAUGCAGUCAAACAUAUAACUGAAACAAAUUUAAAGUGUUGAGGAUGAACAGGGCGGAGGGAUAUAAAUGAAUACCUCCUUCAAAGAGUUAGCACACCUCAUUGGACUGAAUGAUCUUCCAUUCUAUAUGGUUUUAUUAUCCAGGAUGUACUUUUUACAGAGCACAAUGUACACUUUUCAGAGCCCAACAUCGUAAAUGGUCCUGAAGGAUGGUUCCAGUCGGAAAUGUUGACCGUUUAUUCAUUUCCACAGAUACCACCUGACCUGCUGAGUUCUUCCAGCACUUCCUGUGUGACAUUUGUACAGGGAUGUCUUUAAUCACAUUAGAGCUUUCAAUCAAUACAUUAGGUCACACUCCAAGGAAAUUCUGAAUGCAAAGUUACUGUGUAUUGAUACCAAGCAAAUUACUAUUGUUUGUUAUCACUAGCUUAGAGGCUUGAGAACCAUUCAAAAAAGGUAAAAAAUAUCUUGUGACUUUAUAUUUAAACAACACAAUGUUCAUCAGCAAAAAUGGCAACUAAAUUGGGCACAGUUAAUUUAUCCUAUAGGCUUUUAAAUUGUUCUGUAAAAUAUAUUCUGUGGUCUUUAUGUUCUUUAUUCCUCUCCGUAGACACUGCCUGACCUGCUGAGUUCCUCCAGUAUUUUGUGUGUGUGGUUUUCAUUGGUGUUUUCUGCUUUUUUUUAUGAUGAAAUGCUGACCAUCCCAGUCUUAAUUCACCGGAUGUAAAGUCUAAAUAGUUUCUUUCUGUUGGGAGCAGAGAUUCUGAGGAAAUGGGAUGGUAAUGAGGUGAGGUGCCCCACUUCUGAGGUGAACUGGCCUUGGUUCAACGAAUGGAAGCAGAGCACCUCUACCCAAAUGAAGAUUGAAUUGUUAGCUUUAUUUGUGGCACGUACGGCAAAAUAUACAAUGGAAUGAGUCAUGUUUGUGAUGUGCAGUGGGCAACCCACAAGUGUCACCAUGCUUCCAAUGCCAAAAUAGCAUGCCCGUAGCUCACUAACUACCUACCCGGAGGAAACCCAAGCAGUUUCAGGAGAACGUACAAACUCCUUACAGACGGCAACAGGAAUCAAACCCCCAAUCUGUGAUCACUGGUCCUGUAAAGCGAUUGUGUUAACUGCUAUACUACUGUGCAGUUCUAUGUUCAUUCAUUAAGCACCGUGGGCGAUCCUGAUCUUUCCAUGACCAUGAAAGUUCUUGGCAAAUUUUUCUACAGAAGUGGUUUGCUGUUGCCUUCUUUACAGUCUCUUUACAAGACAAGUGACCUCAGCCAUUAUCAAUACUCUUCAGAGAAUUAUAUCUUAAAUAAAACCAACACCCACAUUUUUAUACGUUUGCUUCUCAGGGCAAUGUUAAUGACUCACUAGCCUAAAAACCAAAUAGGUGAAGCAGACUUUGCUUGUGAAUAUGUUAAUGUAUUAUAGUUUAUUCAAGUUCCUGUUGAGGGUUAAAAGAGGUGAAAUGUUUGCCAAUGUGUACUAUUAACUUUCAAAUGCAGAUUCAGGAAUUUAGCAAUAUUUGUAUUUUAAAAAGAUUUAUAAGCAAAAGUUGAUUUUAUUAAAUUUAUCUGAAUAAAUUCAAGAUUCAAGUACAUUUAUUAUCAAAAAUGAAUAAAUUGUACACCUUGAGAUUUGUCUGCUUACAGGCAGCCACAAAGCGAGAAACCCAAAGAACCCAAUUUAAAAAAAGACAAUAAGGAAAAAAAAAAUACACAUCCUGCAAACAAUAGAAACAAAGGACAGCAUGUUGAACCGGAAUGAAUCCUUGGAUCUAUUCCUCGGAGCAGCCAGAGAAGGCCCAAGCCUACUCAUAUUAGCCAUCUCGUGUUCAUCGUGUUAGUGUGGAAAAUAUUUUCAACUUUUUCCUUUUGUUGUUUUCUGUAUUUUUUUUAAUACAUUGAUGUAGUAUGUUAUUUGAAAUUUGUAUAUAUUCGUAUGUUUUGAGCAAGGGUUCCCAAUGUUCUUUUGUGCCAUGGGCCAAUACCAUUAAGCAAGGGGUCCGUGAACCCUUGGUUUAGAGGUGCACCAUUUUAACAGGCCUUUUGGCCUAAUUACACCCUUUUGACCAACUAACUUACUAAUCCAGAUGUCUUUAGGAUAUGAAAAAUACCGACAUAGUCAUGGGGAGAAUGUACAAACAUCUAAUGGACAGUGGCAGAAUUAAAGCUGGAUCUCUGGUGUUCUAAUAGUGUUUUGCUAACGUCUAUGCUACAGUGAAGUUCAUUAACAUUUUAAUAAAGUCUUGCGAGCAACCAUA